UACCUUUCAAAUGUAGAUUCUUAAAGCACUAAUUCGAAUGUAAAAUCGCAUAACAAUGUUUCAAAACCCAGAUGGAUUCUGCCUUAGAUAAAACCGACCCACACACACACAUAUACAUAUACUGAUGAAUUGGGUUUUGGAAUAACAUGAGAUUACUUAACUUGUGAAGAUUCCAUGUGUUCUACAUGGCAAGGGAAAAGACAAAUUUAUUAUGGUCACAGUACUUUGAAAAAUGAAGGAUAGAUCUAGAAGGGUUAUUUCCUUUUCCAUGCUCACAUUGUCUGCAAAUAAGAGAACAAGCAAAAGAGAUUUCACCAAAGCAAGCAAGUAAAAACGCUUUAAUGCUCUUUUUCGUAAUCGUCCUUGGUUCCAAAGUUCUUGCACCACAUCUGUGAAGGAAUUGGGCGUACAGGCAUGUGUGGUCUUUGCUCGAGCUCCGCAGACUUCAUGGCGAUGGGGAUGCAGACAAGGAAAAUGCCAAACAUAGCCAUGGCGGUGUUCCGACGCCAAUGUUUGGGCCUGCAGUAAGGCCCACCAGACAUACUCCAGACUUUGGCUCUGAAAUCGCCACCUUCUCCUCCAUGUCCGUGCUCUGCUCCUCCCAUUUUAUUUCCUAGGCAAAGUCAGAAGGGUUGCAAAGAAAUAAGACGACGAAGAUGAUGAUGAGACCUUCUUGCGCCUCUCUAGUUAGGGAACGGUGGUAAAUUUUUCACCUUCACGUUAACUCCCGAUUCCAACGGGGUGUCGCCUGAAAAAACGAUGGCUUGCGACGGAGCAGAUAAAAGUCGACGCUUUUUCGUGGCGGUUCACGUCGGUGCCGGAUAUCACUCGGUGGCGAACGAGAAAGCUCUUAGAUCCGUUAUAAGGCGCUCUUGCCUAGCCGCUUCGACUAUUCUACGCCAGUAUUCUGGUGGGUGCAUAGAUGCUGUUUCAGCCGCCAUUGAAGUCCUCGAGGACGACCCGAGCACAAAUGCUGGUAGAGGCUCUAAUUUGACAGAGGAUGGUCAUGUGGAAUGUGAUGCUAGUCUUAUGGAUGGCGAUUCAGGGAUGUUUGGAGGCGUUGGAGCAGUUCCAGGUGUCAGAAAUGCCAUCAAGAUUGCUGCUUUGUUGUUGAAGGAGCAGAUGAAUGGCUCAACCCUAUUAGGCCGUAUACCUCCAAUGAUGUUGGUUGGUGAAGGAGCUCGACGUUGGGCCAAUUCCAAAGAUGUUCUUUUGCCUGAAACUGUCACAGAAGCUGAUCAGUGGCUGGUUACAGAGAGAGCAAGAAAUCAGUGGAGAAAGUUCAAGACUAUGCUUUCUGAUGUAGAGGCAAAGAGUAAACUAACUUCUGAAGAACAGCCCAGGGAAACCGAGAAGAAUGAAGCAUGCGAGGAAAAGUCAUUACCGUGCGCAGCAGUAGAUGAGGAUAAGAUCAUGGAUACUGUUGGCGUUAUUUGUGUUGACAGUGAAGGACACAUUGCCUGUGGAUCCUCAAGUGGCGGCAUUGCAAUGAAGAUUAGCGGCCGCGUAGGUUUAGCAGCAACUUAUGGAUCUGGUUGCUGGGCAUCCUCUAAAGGACCAUUUGGAGCUCCAUUUCUAGUUGGAUGUUGUGUGUCUGGAGCUGGAGAGUAUCUUAUGAGAGGAUUUGCAGCUAGGGAAUGUUGGGUUUCUUAUGCCCUUAGUUCACAGGCUGGUCCAUCAUCUGCGGCCGUGAAGGUUUUACGUUCGGUGAUGCAACAAGAAGGCUCAGAAAGUGGAAUUGCUGAUAGAACUGCCGGAAUUCUAGUGGUUCAGGCCGAUGCUUCUGUAGCUGUCCCUGGAAAUAGACCAGAGCUGAAAUCUGUCGAGAUCGCUGCUGCUUACUCGUCACUAUCAUUUGGCAUAGGAUACUACGGGAACUCGAUAAAGAAGCCAAAGGUUUCUAUUCUAAGGAAGAAGGGAGAGAAGAGUGAAGCUGGGAUAGCUCAGUUUGAAGCCGGGAUCGAUCUUCGUCGAACGAGUUGCUGAUUGAUUUCUGCUCUUUUGAAUCUGAUUCUGUAGGAAAUUUGAGGCAGUGUAGAGAAAAGUUUAAGAAUAUGUAACAUGGGACAAACCACCCUUUCAAGAUGUAUUCCUUUUUUGGAUGAGUUUAAAAACUAGUUUUGGAUCAAAUAAGAAGAAGAGAGUCAAAAAAAAAAAAGGAAAGAGAUGUUAAAAGACAAAUCUAUAUCCGACUUAAAAAACUACAUAAACCAGGAUAAGUUUUGCUUAAACCAAAAAGGCCAGAGAGCAAUCUCUUUACUGGAAGUUGUGGAUUCUCUUAGCUGAUGUCAACGUGUUGGAAAGAAGCAUGGCUAUGGUCAUUGGUCCAACACCACCAGGAACAGGCGUGAUGGCUGAUGCAACUUUCGAAGCCUCUUCGUAGCAAAUGUCUCCAACCAAUCGAUAGCCACGUGGAGCAUCUGGAUCCU